GUCAUCCCUCCUGCACCCUUUUGUCUUCCCCUCUCUAUUCAUUUUGUGUGACUGCAAAAGCCCAUUAAACCUCAGCCAAAAUGGAGGCCAUCAAAAAGAAGAUGCUUAUGCUGAAGUUGGACAAGGAGAAUGCACUGGACCAGGCUGAACAAGCGGAGGCAGACAAGAAAGCAGCCGAAGAGAGAAGCAAACAGCACGAAGACGAACUUCUGCAAAUGCAAAAGAAGCUGAAGGGGACAGAAGACGAGCUUGAUAAAUACUCUGAGGCCCUCAAGGAUGCUCAGGAGAAGCUUGAGGUGGCCGAUAAGAAGGCUGCUGAUGCUGAAGCAGAAGUGGCUUCCCUGAACAGACGCAUCCAGCUUGUGGAGGAGGAGUUGGACCGAGCUCAGGAGAGACUGGCAACAGCUCUGCAGAAGCUGGAGGAGGCUGAGAAGGCUGCUGAUGAGAGCGAGAGAGGUAUGAAGGUGAUUGAGAACAGGGCUCUAAAGGAUGAAGAGAAGAUGGAGCUUCAGGAGAUUCAGCUGAAGGAGGCUAAACACAUCGCAGAGGAGGCUGACCGCAAGUACGAGGAGGUGGCUCGUAAGCUGGUGAUUGUAGAAGGAGAGCUGGAGCGUACAGAGGAGAGGGCAGAGCUGGCUGAGGCUAAAUGUGCUGAACUGGAAGAGGAACUGAAGAACGUCACUAAUAACCUGAAGUCUCUGGAGGCCCAGGCUGAGAAGUACUCUCAAAAGGAAGACAAGUAUGAGGAAGAGAUCAAGAUCCUGACUGACAAGCUGAAAGAGGCUGAGACCCGAGCUGAGUUUGCUGAGAGAUCUGUGGCCAAGCUGGAGAAGACUAUUGAUGAUCUGGAAGAUGAGCUUUAUGCACAGAAACUCAAGUACAAAGCAAUCAGUGAGGAAUUGGACCACGCCCUCAAUGACAUGACCUCUAUUUAAAUGCCCAGAAGCUCCACCAUCCUGUCAGACUGAGGUUUCAAGAUUCAGCCUUUUCUUUUUUCUUAGUCUGUCCAUCUCCACAUCUCCCCUCCCUUUUAUUCUUAAAAGGGAGGGUCUCAUCUAUCCUUCCUCAUUCCUCAGCUGUUCUUAUCUUCUUCUUUCGGCUGCUCUCCGACUGGUGAAUUGUUACAAACUUUGUCUCGUUAGAUCUGCUGAACUUGCUCCUUUUCACUCAGUCUCUUGUGAUCUAAUAGCCAUUGUUCUUGGUAUGUUUUCUGUUUAAGGAUGUUUUUUGUCUGAUUUCAUUCUUCAUUGUAAUUCUGUAUCAAUGUUGUUCUGUACCACUGUUAAACAAAGGAGAAAUGCUCGAGUUAA